ACGGAGGGGGGCGUUGCCUGCGGCAGCUUGGGCUGAACUUCUAGUCUCCGGCCUCAGGGCGUCUUUUGGAAGUGGCAGGUCUGUUGUUACCGGCGUUUCUGGCUGAAGCACAGGGCAGUGGCCGCUUCUCAGAAAAAGGUCUCCGAGACUGAGCAAAGGACAGUGAGGAGAGUAAGACCCACCACCACGCUUUUGUAUGAGCCGUGACUCCGCCUGGAACGGGGUUGUCCGCCGUGCGCACUCCGAGCCUCGCCCCACCCCUCGGUCUCUGCAGCUCUGGGAGGCGGCCCCCUGGGGCUUGCGCGCAUUCUACAUCGCGGAGACUCGGGUGCCGGUCCCCCCCCCCCCCCCGCCGCGACCAGGGCUGGUCUGAGAGGUCGUGGACCGGCUUUUGUCGCUGCCUCUCGCCGUUCCGCUUUGCCCACUGGGCCCCAUGGCGGCGCCAGCGCUGGCAUUGGUAUCAUUUGAAGACGUGGCCAUCACCUUCACUGGGGAGGAAUGGAGACAUCUGGACCUGGCCCAGAGGACCUUAUACCAGGAGGUGAUGCUAGAGACUUGUGGCCUCCUGGUCUCCCUGGGGCAUCCUGUUCCCAAACCAGAGCUGAUUCACCUGCUGGAACAUGGGCAAGAACUGUGGACAGUGAAAAGAGGCCACUCCAAAAGCACCUGUGCAGGUGACAAAGCAAAACCUAAGACCACAGAGCUUACUGCUUCUCAGCCAGCUCUCACUGAGGAAGCCCCUUUUGAGGAACGAGUGACACAUGGACCCUCAAGGCAUUCUAGGUUGGGGCAAGCGAGGGAUCAGGGAAAACUGCCAGAAAUACAGGAAGGAAACUUGAGGCCAGGAACAGACCCCUACAAGAAUUCAUGCUCUAGGAAGUUGAGCCGUAAACAUGAUGAUUUGCAGACAGAUGACAGUCUGUGUUUAAGGAUUUUACAGGAGCGAGUCACUACACGAGAUGCUCCGCAUGAAUGUGAUUCACAAGAACCAGGAAAAGACCCUGUUAUUGAGACAAAGAAUAACCUCUACAAAUGCAAGGAAUGUGGGAAAGGUUUUAGCAAGAAUUGGGCCCUUGUUCGGCAUCAGCAGAUUCAUGCUGGAGUGAAGCCUUAUAAGUGCAGUGAAUGUGGGAAAGCCUGUCGUUAUAUGGCAGACUUCAUUCGACAUAUGAGGUUUCAUACUGGAGAAAAACCAUACAAGUGUAUUGAGUGUGGGAAAGCCUUCAAACGCAGGUCUCACCUCACAGAGCACCAGCGUGUUCACACUGGAGAUAAGCCCUAUGAGUGCAAAGAAUGUGGUAAGGCUUUCACCCACCGUUCCUCUUUUAUCCAGCAUAAUAUGACUCACACUAGAGAAAAGCCAUUUUUGUGCAAAGAAUGUGGGAAAGCAUUUUACUACAGCUCUUCCUUCACUCAACACAUGAGGAUUCACACUGGAAAGAAACUCUAUGAGUGCAGUGAAUGUGGAAAGGCCUUUACUCACCGCUCCACUUUUAUCCAGCAUAAUAUGACCCAUACAGGAGAAAAACCCUUUCUGUGCAAAGAAUGUGGAAAAGCUUUUUGCCUCAACUCAUCCUUCACCCAACAUAUGAGGAUUCACACUGGCGAGAAACCCUAUGAGUGCAGUGAAUGUGGAAAGGCCUUUACUCACCGUUCCACUUUCAUCCGUCAUAAGAGGACCCAUACUGGAGAGAAACCUUUUAAGUGCAAAGAAUGUGGGAAAGCGUUUAGUGACAGCUCUUCCUUAAUUCAACAUAUGAGGAUUCACACUGGUGAGAGGCCCUACGAGUGCAGGGAAUGUGGAAAGGCUUUUACACACCAUUCGGUUUUUAUCCGACAUAAUAGGACCCACAGUGGAGAAAAACCCUUGGAAUGUAAAGAAUGUGCAAAAGCCUUUUACUAUAGCUCUUCCUUUACUCGACACAUGAGGAUUCACACUGGAGAAAAGCCUUUCGUAUGCAGAGAAUGUGGAAAGGCCUUUACCCAGCCUGCAAAUUUUGUUCGGCACAAUAGGAUCCACACUGGGGAAAAGCCCUAUGAGUGCAAAGAAUGUGAGAAGGCCUUUUGUGACAACUUUGCUUUAACUCAACACAUGAGAACUCACACUGGAGAGAAACCCUUUGAAUGUGGUGAAUGUGGGAAAGCCUUCAGCCAUAGUUCAUCUUUCACUCACCAUCACAAGAUUCAUACUAGAGUUUAAAAGAUAUAGGAAGGCCUUUUGCAAGUGUGUUCACUUCAGUCAAUUUUAGUGAAUUCAUAAUAAUGAGUUCAUACUGGUGAAAUUCCUUUCCUUUUGAACAUGACUCAUCAGGGAAGUUUUUAGGCCAGAGAAAUAUCUUAGUAUCUGAAGAGAGACAUCCUAAUUGUCAUCUCUGUGAAAGUUUUUUGUGGCAUGUCAUCGCAAGGGUUUUACUAGAAAUUGAGCCAACCCACAGCUCUACAGUAUACCUGAGAAUCAUCCAUCAGAGAGACUCAGUGAUUAUCAUGCAUUUAGGGGAAAUGUCAGCAACAAUUCUUCCUGAAUUUGUACUACAAAUCCAUCUCAAGAGUAUUUUAAAAGAACAAAGAGAUGUAGAAGGAAAGAGAAAUGCAUCUGUGGUUGCUUCCCCAGUUCCUUGCCAAGCUUAUGACAAUUUGUCAUGUAUGUGUGCACAUACAUGCACGUGCACACAUGGGGAUGAAGAGAAAAUGAAAGAUUAAAAGUCCUCAUGCAUUUUUUAUAUAUCCGUAAUCAAAGAGAGUUGGACCAUUGGGGUAGCUCUGCUAACAUUAAAAGGUCUUUAUUAUAAAACAUUGCCAUGUCUACCCCUGAGCACAAGGCCUGAGUCGUGAAAUACAUACACAUACACAUGCAGUCAAUUUUUGUUACUCAUGUGGUUAUAUUCUAUAAAUUCACCACGAACACUGAAGUAGUGAAUAGUGAACCAUUGCUCCUAGUGACAGUGUAGGUUAAAGUUCCUGUGAGCCUCUGUUCACAUUUUCAUCAGCCAAUCAAUACAUAAUCUUUUAUGGAAUUUUUUUUUCUGUUUAAAGAUACCUUAUUUAAUAAACACUUCUUAUAAGUUACAUGCAGUAUUUCAUUGUAAUAAAAUGAAUAAUAAAAAUAUUUUGACACAAUUUUGUGUGUUAUUCCAUUGUUUU